CGCGCCCCGCGCCCCGCGCCCAGCUCCCCGCGCCGCCACCAUGGGGGCCUGCCUGGGGGCCUGCUCCGUGCUCAGCUGCGUGUCCUGCCUCUGCGGCUCUGCCCCCUGUGUCCUGUGUAGCUGCUGCCCCUCCAGCCCCAACUCCACCGUGACCCGUCUCAUCUUUACGGCCUUCCUCUUCCUGGGGGUCUUGGUGUCCAUCAUCAUGCUGAGCCCCAGCGUGGAGAGUCGGCUCCACAAGCUGCCGUGGGUGUGUGAGGAGGGGGCCACAACGACGCCCGUCAUCCUUCAGGGCCACAUCGACUGUGGCUCCCUGCUCGGCCACCGCGCCGUCUACCGCAUGUGCUUUGCAACGGCGGCCUUUUUCUUCCUCUUCACCCUGCUCAUGAUCUGCGUACGCAGCAGCCGGGACCCCAGGGCUGCCAUCCAGAACGGAUUUUGGUUUUUUAAGUUCCUGAUCCUCGUGGCCAUCACCGUGGGCGCAUUUUAUAUCCCUGAGGGCUCCUUCUCCAACAUCUGGUUCUACUUCGGUGUCGUGGGCUCUUUCCUCUUCACCCUCAUCCAGCUGGUGCUGCUUAUCGACUUCGCUCACUGCUGGAACCAGCGGUGGCUGUGCAAGGCCGAGGAGUGUGACUCCCGGGCCUGGUAUGCAGGCCUCUUCUUCUUCACCCUCCUCUUCUACACGCUGUCCAUCGCGGCCGUGACGUUGCUGUUCAUCUACUACACUCAUCCCGGCACCUGCUAUGAAGGCAAGGUCUUCAUCGGCCUCAAUCUCACUCUCUGCUUCUGCGUCUCCAUUGUCGCUGUCCUGCCCAAGGUCCAGGAAGCCCAGCCCAACUCGGGUCUGCUGCAGGCUUCGGUCAUCACGCUCUACACCAUGUUUGUCACCUGGCUUGCCCUGUCCAGUGUCCCCGACCAGAAAUGCAACCCCCACCUGCUGACCCGCUUCGGCAACGGGACGAUCCUGGCGGGCCCUGAUGGCUACGAGACUCACUGGUGGGAUGCCCCGAACAUCGUGGGACUCAUUGUCUUUAUCCUGUGCACGCUCUUCAUCGGGCUGCGCUCCUCGGACCACCGGCAGGUGAACAGCCUGAUGCAGACAGAGGAGGGCCCGUCGGCGCCAGAGAUCAUGCAGCAGCAGCAGGUGGUGGCAGAGUGCCGGGGCCAGGCCUUCGACAAUGAGCAGGACGGCGUCACCUACAGCUACUCCUUCUUCCACUUCUGCCUGGUGCUUGCGUCCCUGCACAUCAUGAUGACCCUUACCAACUGGUACAGACCCGGCGAGACCCGGAAGUUGAUCAGCACGUGGACCGCCGUGUGGGUGAAGAUCUGCGCCAGCUGGGCGGGGCUGCUCCUUUACCUGUGGACCCUGGUGGCCCCUCUCCUCCUGCCAAACCGGGAUUUCAGCUGAGGCGGCUCGCCCCACUGGUGCCUUGGGGCUCAGGGAGUCAGCCACGCUGAGCCCCUACCCCAGCCCACCUCCAGGAUUUGCUCUGGAGCUGGGCCCCCUGUUCUUAGUGCCUUUGGGGAUAGGGAACCUCAGACCCAAACCUGAGCCCCACCUUCCCACUGCCUCCAGACCACAGAGCUGCCUCUUCCUUACCCUUGUCUCCCAUCCCCUACACUCGCCCUCUUGGGAAAAAAGGGGCCCUUAUUUUCAGGCUCUCCGGGAGAGGGAUCCCAAGGAGACAAACCCUCAGAGCCACUCCCCAGGAUGGGGUACCCAGCACUGAGGCCCCGGGUGGCGCUGACCACAUCCCCCAGGGCGCGCCACCCCCUUCUGGGACUCCGUGCCUUACUGAGUCUCCACAACUUCGCGCAAUAAAGCAGCUAAUGUAUGUA